GAGAUAUAAUAAUAAUAAUAAUAAUAAUUAAUUAAUAGUAAUAAAAAAAGAAAAAUGUUAAAUGUAUUAUUUCUGUGUUCCUUAUUUCCUUCUCCUUGAAGACUAGCUGUCUCUGGCACUGGCAGCAGAAGCAGAAAAGUUCCAGAAAUUCUGGUAAGGAACGAGGCAAAGGAACGCAGCGUUUCCUUUCGUGUCGCCAUCAUGGAUGAAAUGUACGGAGUGCCGGACUACGCCGACAAGCCACUCAUGACUCCGGAGAAUCUGAUUUUCCCUCCGGACUACCCCGCCUUCCUCACAGCGGCCCGGAUUCCUAUCUUCGGAUCCGACGACCUCUUCUCCGGCGAGCCUUCCGCCGCUUCCGCCUCUCCUGCUGGAAUUCCGCGCCACCAGGACGAUGACGUCGCAACCACUGUCAUGAAGGCAAAAAUCGCCUCCCACCCUCACUACCCUCGCCUCCUCCAAGCUUACAUCGAUUGCCAGAAGGUUGGGGCGCCUCCAGAAAUCGCGCGUCUGUUGGAGGAAAUCCGGCGAGAAAACGACCUGUGCAAGAGCGACGUUGUUUCCACGUGCUUUGGAGCCGAUCCCGAGCUCGACGAGUUCAUGGAAACCUACUGCGACAUGCUCGUGAAGUAUAAAUCCGACUUGGCUCGCCCCUUUGACGAAGCAACCACUUUCCUCAACAAGAUCGAAAUGCAGCUAAGCCAUCUCUGCACUGGCGCUUCUGUUUCCACCGUUUCUGAUGAUGGUGGUUUGUCUUCAGACGAAGAUUUGAGUACAGGAGAUGGUGAUGGUCAAGAUGGGCAAUCAAAGGGUGAAGAUCGUGAACUGAAGGAUAGACUCUUACGGAAGUUUGGGAGUCACAUUGGUACUUUGAAACUGGAGUUUUCAAAAAAGAAAAAGAAAGGUAAACUUCCGAAGGAAGCAAGACAAACAUUGCUUCAGUGGUGGAAUGUUCACUACAAAUGGCCUUACCCCACGGAAGCUGAUAAGAUUGAACUGGCUAAGUCAACAGGGCUAGAUCAGAAGCAAAUUAACAAUUGGUUUAUUAACCAGAGAAAACGUCAUUGGAAACCAUCCGAGAAUAUGCAGUUUUCCAUGAUGGAAAAUCUUAACGGACGGUUCCUUGGUGAUGAAUGAUGAGUGUUAAAGAAUUGCAGUUAUGAAAUUCAUACGCCGGAAACGCUGUCGCUGUACAUUUGUGGAAAGAAAAUCUUCAGAUAAGUUAAACUUGAUAUAUAACUUUGAAAGUAUCGAAAUUGACUAUUCCUCAAAAAAUUGGUAAAAAUAAUCAGUAGUAGGAAUUAUGUGUAAAGUAAACUCUUACUUGAAAAUUUUAAGAGAUAUAUUAAUUACUAACUUUU